AAACAAACAGCCAACUGCCAAAUGACUAGAAUUAGACACUCGAGUGUCUAGACCCUCGUUCAUUGGACACUAUCAAACAACUUGGAACUGUACCGAGAGAACAAAAAUAGAUCGCAAACAAAGCGAUUGGUUUGUACUAGCUAGUGAAAAAUAUAUCGGAUAUAAUGGAUAUUGGACAUUGAAGGCACCAUUUUGAAGUUAAAUGGACGUUUACAUUUAACGAAGCAUUUGGAUAAUUAUUUAAAGGGGUCGCACCUUUCCUAACGCUUAUCCUUUACCAUAAAAAUGAUGUUGCAUCCUUCAGAUUCUGAAGACAUUGUCGAAGAGAGAGUAAUAAAUGAAGAAUACAAGAUAUGGAAACGAAAUACUCCGUUCUUGUACGACAUGCUGAUGUCACACUGCUUAGAAUGGCCAAGUUUAACUGCCCAAUGGUUGCCAUCUGUUGAAAGAACUGGGAGAGAUUACUCCGUUCAUCGUUUAAUACUCGGGACUCACACAUCUGAUGAGCAAAAUCAUUUGUUGAUCGUUACUGUUCAUCUACCAAAUGACCAGGCAGAAUUCGAUGCAAGUGCUUAUGAUAGUGAGCGAGGUGACUUCGGGGGGUUUUAUUUUCCAUCUGGGAAGUUAGAAAUAUCAAUGAAAAUAAAUCACGAAGGCGAGGUUAAUCGUGCUAGGUUUAUGCCACAGAACUCAGACAUAAUAGCCACCAAAACACCAAGUGGUGAUGUUUUGAUAUUCAAUUAUCCGAGACAUCCACCGAAAACUCCAUCGGACCGUGGUUGCCAACCUGAUUUGCGUCUUAAGGGUCAUCAAAAAGAAGGCUAUGGUCUUUCAUGGAAUGUGUCUCUUAACGGUCAUCUUCUUUCAGCAUCUGAUGAUCAGACAAUUUGUUUAUGGGAUGUUAAUGCUGCUCCUUUAGAUGGUUGUGAUCUAGAUGCGAUGGCUAUCUUUACGGGACAUCAUUCAGUGGUUGAGGAUGUUUCGUGGCAUCUUUUCCAUGGACAUAUUUUCGGUUCAGUAGCAGAUGAUAACAAACUUAUGGUUUGGGAUACACGGAGCUCAAAUCGUACUAAGCCUCAGCACCAAGUAGACGCUCAUACAGCCGAAGUCAAUUGUCUUGCUUUUAAUCCAUUUUCCGAAUUUAUUAUUGCGACGGGAAGUGCGGACAAGAUUUUCAGUAAAAGAAUCCAUUGUUCAGUUAUAAAACCGAAAUGUAUUUUUGAGUAUAUGCAUACCGCUGUUGUAUUACUGACAGUAUCCCUGAUCCUGGUCCAAGUAACAACUGGCUUUAAAAUAUUUCAGCCAUCUGAAAUCAGAUAUCGUUUGUUUUAUGUUUUAUUUGAAAAAUAUUUAGACUGUUGCUCUUUGGGAUCUGCGUAAUCUUCGGCUAAAGCUACAUUCAUUUGAGUCUCAUCGAGACGAAAUAUUCCAGGUCCAAUGGUCGCCACAUAAUGAAACUAUAUUGGCAAGCUCAGGGACCGAUCGUCGUCUCCAUGUUUGGGAUUUGAGUAAAAUAGGUAUUGAUCAAACUGCUGAAGAUGCCGACGAUGGACCCCCCGAGUUACUGUUCAUCCAUGCUGGCCAUACAGCAAAGAUUUCAGAUUUCUCAUGGAAUAUUAAUGAUCCUUGGGCUAUUUGUUCUGUAUCCGAGGAUAAUAUUUUACAGAUCUGGCAAAUGGCUGAAAAUAUAUAUAAUGACGAUGAAAUAGAGAUGGGAAAUCCUGAACUUGAACAGCAUUCUUAGUUCGCUAUUGUUAACCCAUUUUCCGUUUUAUGUUUUCGCAUAUUUCCUGUAUGUUCUGUUUAUGUUGUGUAUAUAAGAUGCAGUAAGAAAUAAAUAUCAAGUUUUGUGUUUUAUUCA